AUGGCUGUAAUUAAAAAAAUCCUUCUUAUCUUAGUUUUGAGCUGCUUUUGUGCUGUUCACAGCCGUAUCCAACCGGCGGAACGCGUCUUUCCGACCGAUAUUAAUAAAGCUUUUAUACCAACGGUUCGUCAAACGCUCAACGAUUGUCAUCUACGCUAUCAUAAGUAUGGUGAUUACUAUCUCGUGUAUCCAAUCUACGGUGUGCCCGCAAGACAGGGAGAAUUCUCUCAUAUGGCAGCGAUCGGCUGGAGACGAUCGAACGGAUCCAUUAGCUUCGAUUGCGGAGGAUCGCUCGUUACGACGCGCCACGUGCUGACCGCUGCGCAUUGCGCGCUGAACGAUGAUGGUGUGGCCCCACAAGUGGUGCGUUUGGGUGUGAUUGACAUCACCGCUGGACUGUACGAUCCGCAAAACCAGUUUGCCCAGGAAUACAGCAUUGCGAGCUUCAGGCGUCAUCCAGAGCAUGAAUUUCGUACGGAAUAUCAUGACAUUGCACUCAUCACGCUAGACCGUGCUGUCACGCUAACCAGCGCGGUAGUUCCGGCCUGUCUCUGGACUGGUGCGCAGGUUCCCUUGCGUCGUCUGGAAGCGGCCGGUUUUGGGCAAACUAGUUUCGGUGGAGAACGUACACCGAUUCUGCUGAAGGUACAGCUUUCGCCCGUCGACAAUGCUGCGUGCAGUCGGUUCUAUCCUGCCGGUCGCCGGCGGCAGCAAGGUUUGAUCGAUCAGCAGCUUUGUGCGUCCGACGAAAGGAUGGAUACGUGUCACGGGGAUUCGGGUGGUCCGUUGCAGUUGAAGCUGAUGUCAAACAAUCGCCUGAUUCCGUUCAUUGUGGGUGUUACCUCUUUUGGACGAUUUUGUGGAACAUCUACACCGGCAGUCUACACUAGAGUGUCGUCCUAUGUCGAAUGGAUACAAACGGAAACAGGACUAUCGUUUGAUGCGAGAGCUUGUGCCGCACGUCACAUCAAUGUCCGGGAAAUUGAGGAAGCCAUGAUAGCUAAUCGUAUAGGAGACAAAAUAUUCGUUGAACCAGAGAAAAGCUACAUGGACUUGGAAACGGUAGCGAAACAUCGGGUCUAUCUUGGAUACAGCACUUCUAGUGGACGGAUACAAUGGAAUUGUGGCGGUGUGUUGAUUAAUGAGAAUUAUGUACUCACGGUAGCUCACUGUGAUCGUUUCAUUUUCAACAAAUCACCCGAAUACGUAAAGGCUGGCGAUUUGGAUAUAUUCAAGGAUCACCCGCAAGCACAAAUCGUUCGAAUCGAGCAGUUCAUCAAGCAUCCAAACUAUCGUGACGAUGGAUCCAUUGAUAAUGACAUUGCACUUGUUAAACUUCAGCGCAACAUUAAAUUAGAGCCGAAUGUGGUACCGGCAUGUAUACUGAACACAGAAUCGCUUAAGCUUCCAUUCUAUGAAAUGGCUGGCUUGGGUCCUUACAAUAUGAAUAACUUCCUCAUGGAUGACGAAGCUGUAUCUACUAACGAUACGCUUGUACUAACAAGAAUGAGAGCUGACAGCAGUUCUUGCAGUUGGCAAUCCAGCAAUAAGGUCAUGUGCACCAGAAACAACCAAUCGUUAGUGCCUGGAACAUGUCGGAUCGAACACGGAGGACCUUUGGAAAGAGAAAUCUGGCAUCAUGACCGAUAUUACACGUACGUGAUCGGUUUAAACGUUGCCGGCGAGGAUUGUGGUUUUGGAUCAGAAGCAAUGUACGUCAACAUUGCUUCCCAUAUAAACUGGAUCGAACAGACAGUUCUAGGCAGCAGUAACAAACGACGUCAGCGAAGGUCGAACAGAUUCAAACGGCAAAUUGUGUUCCCGAGCUCAGGAGAAACUUUCGCUACCUUUUCGGUGAUCCAAUCUUGCCAACUACCUGAUGGCCGAAAAGGAUCCUGCAUGCCGUAUGGGUCGUGUUCGAAACAAUUUGUAGGAACAAUCAUUUCCAUAUGUCAGCAUGCUUUGGAACCAAUUAUUUGCUGCCCAACUAGUGCACCUGCAUCAUCCACCUCGCUAUCACGACCAACACGACUGUCUGCUUCUGGACCUUCGUCCGGCUAUAAACUGAACAAAUGUGUAUCUUACUGGAAGCAAUACAAACGUCCUCCCAUAGAGGAAUUUGAGCACAUUCCUUCUGAGGGUCGUCCGGUUGGUGAGGAAGAGUAUCCUCACAUUGUUGUGAUCGGCGAUGCACAAAGGAACGCAUGGCCAUGCACAGGCGUACUGCUAAGUGAUCGGUACGUAAUGAGUGCGGCUAGCUGUCUCGCAUCGGGACGUGGUUUGAAAUCAAUUGGAAUGGGACUAAAAACCCGAACCUCAGCCACCUUCGAAAUAGAGGAGAUCAUUAACCAUCCGUUACACGCACAAGAAAAGAACAACGUGGCCUUGGUACGGAUCAAGGGUCGCAUUCCAUUCUCUUCCAGUGUGUUGCCAGCCUGUUUGUGGACCAAGAGUGACAUGGUACCUUUGAAGCUGUAUACUAUUGGAAGAGGCACUGGUGGCCAAAUGCACGUCUAUCCACGAAGCGCCAUGUAUAAUGCUGACUGCCGAUCGUUGCCCAGCGGAAGCAAUUCAAUUGUGGACACAGAACAUGUUUGUGUGGAAAACUACUAUCACACCGAUACUGUUUGCACUGAUUUGCCUGGCUAUCCUGUUGAAGGGAUCGUCGAAUAUAACGGUACACGUAUACCACUCAUCGUGGGAACUACUUCCCAUACUCUAGGCUGCUUAAAUUCGCCGAAAACGCAAUCAGUAUCGAUUUUAUCGCGAAUUGCAGCACAUAUGACUUGGAUCAAACAAAUCGUUGAACGAUGA